UGGAAAACUAUACAACGUUAUUUAAACUUAUCUUCAAAUAAUAAUGAUCCAUAUUUAAUAAAUGAGAAUGUAAGCAAUAACUUCGUUAAAUUAAUUAAAGAUGAUUUAUUGUUAAAUAUGUCUUAUGUUGUUGAAUUAAAUCCAGGAUUUGGUUUAUUAACAAAAGAUUUAUUAGAAGCUGGUAUAAAAUACAUACAUUUAUAUGAAAAUCGUAACAUAUUUUAUUUGAAAUUACUUAAUUUACAAAAAAUCUUUCCUAAUCAAGUUACUAUAACUAAAACAAAUUUUCUUAAACUAUCCAAGCUGUUAUAUAUACCUAAUAAAUUAAAAGAAUUUAAUCAAUUAUUUGAUAAUGUAUCAAAAAAAAAAUGGGAAGAAGAAAGUUAUAUGCAAAUAGUUGGAAUAUUAAUUAAUUCUCAGUUUAUAAGACAUAUAAUAUUAAGUAUAAUAUUUCAAACAGGCAUUAUGAUAAAUGGAAGAGUAAUUUUUUAUCUUGCAUUACCACCAUCUAUAUGGCAUAAGUUGAUAUAUCAGAAGAAAAGAAGUUUAGUUACUUAUAUCAUGUUUAAUACAUUAUUUAAUUAUAAAAUAUUUGGGACAUUAGAUAAAAAAGGAUUUUUAUUAUAUCAAAGAAAAAAAAAAUUAAAGAAAAAAUGUAAAAAUAAAGAAAUUGAUAAUUUUUUUUAUGUUGUUAAAUUAGAACCAAAACCUGAUAUUUUUACAUUAUUUGGUGAAAAAGAACAUAUAAUCAAUUUUUGGCAUUUUGUUCGACAUAAUUUUUAUAAACCUUCAUCAAGAAUAAUACCAACUUUGGAGAAAAUAAUUCCUGGAUGUGGCAUAAGAUUAAUAAAAGAAAAAAAUUAUAAUAUAUUCACUGAAUUUCAUCAGUUAAAUGUAAAUGAAGUUUUUAAUCUUUAUAUGGAUUUUAAAUCUUGGCCAGAAUUUAAACAAAGUUCAUUUUUAUCAAGUGUUAAUGAUAUAAAAAUAAAUUUUGAUCCAUUUGCAAAUGAUUAAAUAUUAAAUAUUUUUGAAUUAUAAAA